AUGGCCGCCAAUGUCGACUACGGCAAGUGGUCCAAAGAUAGUCUCAUUGAGCGGCUGGUCCAGCUGGAAAAGGAGUUGCAGGCCCGUCCUGCCGCUCCGGUAGUGGGAGAUGCGGCCGCGGAAGACGCCCAGCCAGCUGCUCUUAAGAAGCGAAAGGAGAAGCCAAAGAUGGACCCCACGACCAAGUCGUUCCGUUUCAUCGCCCUCAGGCUGGCAUAUCUGGGGCGCAACUACGGAGGCUUCGAGUACUCGGCCAGCGGCGUGCUGCCAAGUAUAGAGGAGGAGCUGUUCAAGGCGCUGACCAAGACGUGCCUCAUCUUUCCCGAGGACGAGCGUGCGGUGGACUUUGGCAACUGCGAAUACUCCAAGUGCGGGCGCACGGAUCGCGGUGUCAGUGCCUUUGGGCAGGUCAUUGCCCUGCGAGUGAGAAGCGCAAAGCCAACGAGUGCAAGCAGAAACAAGAGGAAGAAGGUGGUUGAGCAGACACAAGGGGCCGAAGCUCAAGCUGAGGCCGCGCAGACAGAGUCGGAACCCAUGGAGACUGAUACCCCGGAGCCACCGCCCUUCGACCCUAUCCGAGAUGAGAUCGACUACCCCAAGGUCCUCAACCGGGUCCUCCCACCAGACAUUCGUAUUCUCGGAUGGUGUCCGUCGCCGCCGCCCGACUUCUCUGCGCGCUUCUCGUGCCGUGAGCGCCAGUACCGCUACUUCUUCACCCAGCCGGCCUUUAGCCCAUCCCUGCCUUCUCGGGGUCAGAAGAACGUCGGCUGGCUUGACAUCGACGCCAUGCGGGAUGCCGCAAAGCGCUACGAGGGGGAGCACGACUUCCGCAACUUCUGCAAGAUCGACCCCGCAAAGAACAUCACCAACUUCAAGCGGGGGAUCCUCGAGGCCACGAUAGAGGAGGUCCCCGAUAUGGGGUCGGCCAUGCAGUAUCUGAGCUGCCCCCCGAACUUGAGCGCCACUGAGAGCGGGCAGCUCCCCAAGGUGUACUGCUUCAAAGUCAGGGGCACGGCGUUCCUGUGGCACCAGAUCAGAAACAUGGUGUCGAUCCUCUUCCUGGUGGGCCAGGGUCUGGAGAAGCCCGACCUGGUCGACAAUCUCCUGGACGUCGAGAAGAACCCGAGACGGCCGGUCUACGUCAUGGCCGACGAGGUGCCCCUCGUGCUGUGGGACUGCCUAUUCACCGACGAGAACGGCGCAGACCUACCGUGGAUACACGUAGAGGACAGCAUCGACCCGGCGAAGCCCAACACGGCCUUUGGCACGACGGAGGGGCUGUGGAAGCUGUGGCGCGAGGUCAAGAUGGACGAGAUUCUCGCCAACAGGCUCCUCAACCUGGUCGCCCAGCCGCUCAACUACGACGCGCUGCCGGUCAAGGAGGGCCCGCCGUCGGUGAAGCUAUUCGAGGGGGGCAACUCUGGACGGCAGGCGGGCAAGCACGUGCCUGUGAUGAAGAUGGCGCUGAUGGAGACGCCCGAGGAGCAGAGCAACAAGUUUGCCCAGCGUAGGGGGUUUGCCAGCGCGGAGGAUAGGGACCAGCAGCGUUAUGCCAAGAAGGCGCAGGCCAAUGCGGCCGAAUAG